UUUGCUAAACUUGUUUUUCCGUUUUAACUUAUGCAGGACUUGUCGGGUGCAGAAUUGAGCUAUGCAUGCCUCAAAAACGUUUUAUUUUCCGAUGCUAAUCUUAGUGAAGCCUUUUUUGUGAGGACCAAUCUUCAGAGUGCAAACUUACAAGAUGCUUGCUUGACAAAAUGUAACUUCUACGGUGCAGACCUGCGAUAUGCACAUCUCCAGACCGCUGAUCUCACACAUGCGAAUUUGGUGAAAGCCAAUCUGGAAGGAGCCAAUUUAAAGGGUGCCAAAUUGAAUAAUGCCAAUUUGAGUUAUGCAAAUCUUUGUAAUGCAGAUUUGGAAGGCGCGAACCUAGACGGGGCGAGUUUAUUUGAGGCGAUUAGGUGACUAUAAACUAACACUAGACAAGAAGGUCGUUGCAUUCUCGCCUAUUAUUUUUCAUCAAUUUUUCUCUACCUAAUCUUAGUCUCUUUGUUACCGCGUGGUUUUGUUACUCUAUGGUUUUGUGCAUAUCUUGACUCGGGUGAUUUAUGGUUUAAAACUAGCUUGCUGAA